AUGCUUUCAUCACAAAUUUCUUCGGUUCUCAUUCAAUCACUCAUCAAAAAUAGGUUGGGUCAAUUAUUUAAACAUUUGGCCUCAUCCACCAAUCCAGUACUAGGUUAUUUGAUCGGAAUUGAAAACAAUAACCACGAUGUUUCUAUUUUGAAUUUUAUGAAAAGUCUCUCGAAUGUGGAUCAAACGGAAUUGGAUUUGAUGAGGCUCGUGAUGAUUCCGAAAGGUUUAGCAAUUGUAGGAUUAUAUACUACCCAAGGAACACUUACUAAAUAUCAUGGCAGUGAAGUAGUUAUUGGAUCGGAAGCUCCUGAAACGGAAAAGAUUGUAGCUUCGUGGGUUUCAUCACAAUUUCCUUCUCUGUUGGCCAAAGAAAAUCAUUUUGAACAAUUAUUGGUCACGGUCGGAGGUGGUACUUCAUCAUCGACAAUGAUGGAAGUGUUCAAUUUCAAUGUCUCGGAUAAAACAGCUCAUGUCAUUAGGCAAGACACAAUUCGUGAAUUUUCUGAAAUUCCCAUUGUGGGAGACAAACAUGAAUUACAACAGCAAGCAAAACUAUCAUCGACGACGUCACCUUAUAUGAUUGCUAGGUUGCAUUGUGAUUUGAUCAUUCCAUAUACGUUUGACGUGCAAGCUACAAAUAGUGAUCAAAUUAUGAAAGAAACUUUCCAAAAGCAAAUUGACAGCUAUAUCGAAACUUUGAAAUCUGAAGAGAAGAUAGUGGUUAGAACUGCAGUAUCAACUACUGAUAAUAGUUCUGAACAGUCUUCAAAAAAGAACAAGUCGAAUAGUUCAAGCAAUGUGACGGCCAGCUCAUCCACUCCUAUUGAAAUUCGUGGUCAUGAAGCAUCGCUAGAAUCAAUUUUGCCUGAAAAAUUAACAGUAGUGGACACUUCAACUCAACAAUUGAAGGUUGAUACCAAUUUUAACAAGAAAGACACCUCUUCAAAGAACAAGAAGAAAAAACUUCCAAAACAAACACUUGGAGAAUUUCUUAAACUCAACGAACACAAAUCUGAGGAUAACAUGUCCACUGUUAAAACCAUUUCCAAGUUCCUACAUUUUGACGCUUUCUUAAAUCUAUCUCCCAAUCAAUAUGGAAGUGGCAUUUACCUUUCCUCAGAUAAGAAGAAUACAAAUUGCAAGCUCUCACUUGAAACCACAAGUUACAUUCCAAUUUUUCAACAUGUCAUGAUUGAAGGUCUCCUUGACCAACUUGUCUUUAUCAAGAAAUAUUUUGGUAAUGACAGUUUCCUUUUACCACAUGUUGGUUCUUCAAAAAGUAUUCGACACAUUGGAUUUUAUCAAUAUCUUCCAAAAGACUAUCCACACGUUUUCACCUGUUGUUAUCCAUUCUAUAGUGAUGACAUUGUUUUUGAGCAACGUAAUGAACAAAAUGCCAUCAAAUUGAGAGAAGAAUAUCACAAGAGAUUAUACUUUUCAUUGAAACAACCAUUCAUUCGAACCAAUCAAGCAUUGACUUUUGGUCCUUCUCCAAAAACCAAGAUUACCGAGUUCAAUAAGAAGAUUCUCAACAUUCAUCUCUAUGCGGGCUAUCCAUCGACCAUCAAAUCGACCAAUCCAAAUAAUUUACAUCUUGUUCGUGGCGAUUAUUUAUACUCACAUUAUUGCCAAGAUAAAUUCAAUGAUGAAGGUUGGGGUUGUGCCUACAGAAGUUUACAAACACUCAUUUCACACGCACAGUAUCAUGCUGGGGCAGUUGUAGUCAAUUUACCCACUCAUCAAGAAAUUCAGAAAUGUCUCGUGGAUUGUGGUGACAAACAGACAUCCUUCUUGGGCUCUCGUCAAUGGAUUGGAGCUUUUGAAAAUACCAUUGUUUUGGAAAAGUGGUGUGGAGUGCAAAGUAAGGUCUUGUAUGUAAAUCGAGGAGAUGAAAUGAAUGCUCAUGCUCGUGCCAUUGCCAAUCAUUUUGAUGUGAAUGGAAGUCCAAUCAUGAUUGGUGGAGGAGUGUUGGCUUAUACCAUGUUAGGAAUUGAAUUUGAUGAAAUGACAGGAGAAUGUUCGUACUUGAUUUUAGACCCACAUUUCACUGGAAGUAUUAAUGAUCCUGAAUAUUUGGAAGAUAUCAUUUCAGGAGGUUGGUGUGCAUGGAAGACACGAGAACAAGUCUUUAAAGAUUCAGUUUUCUAUAAUUUAUGUAUGCCUCAGUUGAGUUCUGAAGGUGUUUAA